CCGUGCCCGCGUGGGUUCAGCAGUUUUCCCCGGAGAUGCAGAGGUGGUACCGGUUGGCGCUGGAAGGAGGGCGGGACGCAUCAGAGAUACAGCCUCCCGGCACCGUGCAGCAGCCGGCCUUGCCGCCUCCUGUAAACGAAAUUUGCGGCAACACGUCCCUAACCGAGUCCCUCCCAGACCUGCGUCACGGCCACUUCAAUUGCACCAGCAUCGCCUACUACAACACCUACGUCACCAUGUGCAUUGCCAAGUGUCACGUGGGCUACCAGACCGAUGACGCAGGCCUGCUGUUCUGCAACAGCGGCCGAUGGGCGCCGAUCCAGCCCGAAGUCGUGUCGACAAUCGUCGGCGUCGGUCGGGCUGCCGACACGAUGCCGAACACCGACCCUCGGGCGUUAGAGUACCUCAGUAUCCCCGACGAAAUUUAUUCUGACGUGGCUUUUAACAUUUUAGUGAAGCUUGACCAAGUCCCAAACCUUUCUAUUGCGGAGACGUAUCUAAACAUGAUCUCGGUGGACAACAUUGUUGAUCUGGACAUGAUUCGGCAGUUGUUGAUCUGGAUCGGUCCAUACAUCAUGGACAUCGUCACAAACCUGGACUUCCUGGAGGUUCUGUCUCGUCUAGGUAGGGAGACUAAAGCCAUAAAAGUUAUUUUGGUGAAGACACAGUGUAAAAUUACCUAGAUCUUGAUAAUCAGUCUCUUUCGUGGUAAGUUGUC